AUGGACUUUUCCUCCUAUCUUUGCCUUGUUGAGCUAGACAUGGAAGGCCUUCGCCAAUUGUGUUGUGAUCCCGAUGCUGAAGGGGACCAUCUCAAAGGUGAUUCCUCCGAGACCGGGCUCUCCUCCAACCCUGCUGCUUCUUUGCUUCUAGUCCCAGGUAGUUUAUGUUGGCUAUUCUGGGUUCGAAUUCUUCAUAAAGGUUAG